AUGACCGGCCGACAUGCUCCUCGUUCAAAGAAUGGCUGCACGACCUGUCGCCGUCGAAAAGUGAAGUGCGGAGAGGAGCGCCCAGUAUGCAUACGGUGCAGCUCAUUACAACUUGUGUGUGACUGGGGAGUGACCGCAAGACGUGCGAGAUCCAAUGCCGCGGCCAGGUUCAUCCAACCAGCGCGACCUCAGUGGUCAGUGUCGUCGCCGACAACACCUACAACUAGCGAUGGAGGGUUGUCUCAGAUAGUCCGGGGUACACCAAUGCUCAGCCCGACGUUUGCGGUUUCCCCUCACAUCGUCCCAAACCUGUCGCCGGUUGAGACCAUCUUUCCGCCGGGCUGGACAUUUCCGACCCCGCUCUACCCAUCGCUCUCGGAAACUGGCGCCGCUUGCUCCAAUUCGCUGAUACUGUCGGAGCGCGAUCAGCAGUACUUCCAAUACUUUCCGUCGUCCUCUGUUGUGUUCUACUACAUCAAGAAUUGGCAAUGGAGCAGUUUCAGCUACCUGUACCAGGGCCCUGCCAUCGCCAACAGGCUCAUUAUGCGCAUGAUACUCGCAUUGUCUGCGAGCGACAUGCACCGUAAUGGACUGGCGGUGCGCCUACCCGGUCAUCCAACCGCUGAGGAUCACGGUCGGUAUCAUUACGGACGCGCGGUAAAAGAAUUCCGCCAGCUGCUGGAGACUCCUCGAGAGUUGGUCUCCCAGGUCGAGUUGGAGACUAUCUUUGCGACCAUGUUCCUCAUGAUAUGUUAUGAAUGGCAAUUUGGCGAGUCAGUGCAGGGUCUGCAGCUUCACCUGCGAGGCGUGCGCUCGCUGCUGGAGUCGCAUCCUCUGCUUUUCGAGAACAAAGAUGUCGACGAGGUGCUGAUGUCUAUGGAUCUCGAGCCUGCUGAACGACCUAAAGUGUCUUUCAUUCCGGAGCAAUUGUUGCUCUGGAUCCUGUACAUCGAAUCAGGUUGUCGUACCGUGGGUAUGACUGAUUCACUCUACGACUUUGUCCUUCAGUCAGGCAACCAUUCUCUGCACCCUGACCGGCUGUACCGUUGCGCUAGGAUAUGGGGAAGAUGCUUCUGGGGUCAACAGUACCCUGAUCAGGAGGUGUCUGACGAUAUAGAAAACUACCGUGGACUGGAACUCCUGCAUACCUCGAUGACUCUCCGGCAUAAAAUCUGGCAGGCAUUUACCGACGAUCCGGCGGAAACUGAACGCCAGGCGAAGCUGGUUUGGACCCAGAUCAUGGCCAUCCGUGAAGUACGUUACCUAGCUCCGCGACGCAGACGCAAAACUAAUCCUGCCAGCAAUUUUCGGACCUCUUCUUGA